UUUAAGAGUGAGCUUUUGAGGUGUAUUGUUAGUGGAUUCAGGUAUCCUUUGUGCAAGGCGUGAAGAUAGGUAUUGUUCUUUAAAUUUUGUAGGUCCGAAACAAACAUCCAUAGAAAUCAAAGUUAGUCUUGGGUAUGAUUGGUAACAAUGACAACAACAUCGCAGAAGCAUACACUCUUUGUGGCAGAGCCGAUGGGGGACAAACCUGUGACUGAACUGGCAGGCAUCGGUGAAGUCCUGGGCAAACGGCUGGAAAACAGGGGAUUUGACAAGGCAUACGUUGUCCUUGGGCAGUUCCUUGUAUUGAAGAAGAACCGGGAAUUAUUCUUAGAGUGGCUGCAGGAUUUGGUAGCUGCCAAUUCCAACCAAGCAUCUGAAUGUUAUCAGUGCUUGGCUGAUUGGUGCAGCGAGUUCUUGUGA